CAACCUUCCAGUUACAAGAAGAGCGUCCCAACCCCCUGAACCACGGUCACCCCCAUUUCACAAAUGGAUGGACUGUCUCUUUUAAUAUUCUGACACAAACCUUCUCAGGGAGGCUGAGGAGUGUGAUCUCCUGAAGUUUGAACCCACCAGCACAGUUUUACAAAUCCAGAGGCCGAGUACCCGACUCCCAUGUAAUGUUGCAGAGGUGUGUUAACCAGGACGGCCCAACAACAAAGAGUAUUUCCUGGUGAUGUCACUUUUCCUCCUUAUGUUGGACACUUUUUCACACACGUACUUCUGUAUUGCUCUGAAAAUCAAACCAAACAUGAGAAAAAGCUGAACUGCAUCAGUUUUCCUGAAAGUGCAAAAUGUAGAAAUGAAAGGAAAAGUUAGUGAAUGAACUAAAAAGGGGAAAAAAACACAAAUAAACGAACACAAACAUCUUGUUCUUUUGUAAAUCCUCGGUCAGCAGUGAAGUCAAAUAUAAAUUGUUGUUCAUGUAAAGAGUGACUGAGACGUGGGUCAAACUUUCCACAUCGACUGUAUGAACCUCAACAGUUCAACAGUUUGUUUCUCUAUAAGAAAACAAACUGUAACAGACAAAAUAAGAUUUCCUGGGUCGAACCAACUGUGACACUGAGGUGUGACUGUGUUUGUGCUUUUAUAUGUGAAAGUUCAACGUCUUUAGAAAAAGAAGAGUUUAUACAUUUUCUGCUUUAUGCAAACUCAGUCAUAUAUUUUCUCAAAAGCUCAACAAAGUACACAUAUUGUACAACACAGAGUUUAAUCUGUAGUUAAGAGAAACAAUAAAUGCAGUUAAGAAAUUUUUAUGCAAAUUAAUCACAGGGUCUGUGUUUCCUUACAUGCUGCCACUUCCUCAAAGCUUCUUCCUGUCUGAAAGCAGACAGAAGGCUGGACAAGAACAGAACAGAACAGCUCGAUAUCUACCAGGGUCAGUACUGCAGGACUGUUAGAGGACAGUUUAAACUCCUGCUCAGCGUCUCAGUCCUCUCAAGAUGUCCUCAGAUAUUUAUGCCAAACCAGAUCUAUCAACGAAGGUGAGAUACAGCAGAAAGGAGGACAGAGCAGAGUGGGAGCAGAGGGAGGUGGAUAUCUACGAGAGUACAGAUGAGAUCAGAGAAAGUUAUGUUCAUUUUCAGUCACAGGAAGGAGGACCACAGACUCAGAGUCCUCCUUCAGUCCAGAAGGGCUCUUUCAGAUGUGCCACACUGGGUCUAAGAGUGCUGUGCCUCCUGAUGUUAGCUGGGAUCAUCAUCCUGUCCAUAUGCUAUGCUUUGAACAAGAAUGAAAACAAAACACUUCAUGCUAAAUAUGACAAACUGAACCACGUUUACAACGACACCAAAAAGAAUCACGCUGAGCUCCAGGAUCAACUUCAAGACACAAAAACCAACCUGACUCAGUUACAGAGCAGUUAUGAUAAACUGAGUAAAAACCACAGUCAGCUACAGGAAGAAGUGAAGAAGCUGAAGGUGAAGAUAGAAGAGAAGUGUCCUGAUCGAUGGAGGAGAUUUGGAAGCAGCUGUUACUUUAAAUCCACUGAGAGGAAAACUUGGUCUGACAGCAGGAGAGACUGUCAGGAUAAAGGAGCUGAUCUGGUGAUGAUAAACAGCAAAGAGGAACAGGAAUUUAUCAAUGAACUGAACAAAGAGCUGAGAGGAGAGUCCUGGAUUGGUCUGAGAGCCAAACAGACAUCAGGACGAUAUGAAUGGGAAUGGGUGGACGGAUCAGCGCUGACAGAAACGUUCUGGGCACCAGGAUGGUCAUAUGCUUAUUCUGGUUACUAUGGAGUCUGCUGUGAUGAUUCUGGGAAAUGGACAGGGUCAUAUGAUCCUGUUUCAAAGACCUUCAUCUGUGAGAAAUGAGUUUGGUGCUUUGAUGUAAAUGUUUGAAUAAUCCAACCAAAGACACCUCACUAUGAAAUGUCCUGCAUGAGCCUCAGACUCAGCUCACAGUUGUUACUUGUUCAUUCUGCAUCAUAUAUUGAUUACAUAUAUUGUCCCUCUGUGCUCUGUGCUGUACAGUAAGGUUGGAAGUCAUCCACACAAAACCUUGAAGUACUUCAUUACUCUGUAGUUCCAGCAAAUUGUUCUAAUAAAAGUCAAAGUGCA